UCAGCUGAUAGAAGUGAACAGGAGCCCCCCGUCUCUGCAGCAGGAAACGCCGAUAUUCAUUCAUUCUCAGCCGCGAACAUGAAGAAGAACAAAGGCAAAGCCAACAGUACUGUUGAGAAGGAGUUUGUGUUUGAGUUCAGGGCAGGGAAACACAACUGUGUCCUCAAAGUGCCUCUGCAGUUUCCUGUUCAAGAGAACAUCAGGGACCUUCAUGGACGCCUGAUGCUGCUACAUAAAAUACCCUGCUACAUAGAAAAUGAGCUAAAGACCUCUCUUUCCGACUUCAUGGAGAGGGAGACCACCGUGGAUUAUGACCGAGAGGCGGAGCUGGCCCUGCAAAGACUCACAACGGGAGAUGUAGACGUGAACCAGCUCACUAACGCGUGGGCCAGGUCUUAUGUGGAGACUACGCUGGAGCACGCCCGACCCGAAGAGCCCAGUUGGGAUGAGGACUUUGCUGAUGUUUACCAUGAGCUGAUCCACUCGCCUGCCUCAGACACCCUUCUCAACCUGGAGCACAACUACUUUGUUAGCAUCUCCGAGCUAAUCAGCGAGAGAGACAUGGAGAUUAAGAAGCUACAAGAGAGGCAAGCCGCUGAAAUGGACAAAGUGAUGCAUCAGCUGGGGAAUACUUUGAGCGACCAGGAUGUAAAUACAGUUGCCUCUCAACACUUUGAUGCACAGCAGGUGUUGGAGAACAAGUGGGCCAGUGAGCUGAAGCAAGUGACUGGCAUUCAGAAGCACGAGUAUCAGGAGUGGGUCAUUAGUCUGCACCAGGACCUGCAGAAAUCCAACAACAGCAGCCAAAUCAAUGAGGAGAUCAAGGUGCAGUCCAGCCAGCUGUCGGAGCUGGCAGAUUCUGGGGCCAGGAUGUUUGAGGAGCAGCCUCAGCUGGAGGAGAGUUUCACCAUACACUUAGGAGCGCAACUGAAGACGAUGCAUAACCUGCGGCUGGUCCGGGCAGACGUGCUGGACUUGUGUAAGCACCGGCGGCACGGCAGCGGCGGAGAAAAGCUGCGGCGGCUGCAGACGGCCCUCUCGCUCUACUCCUCCUCCCUCUGUGGACUGGUGCUGCUGGUCGACAACAGGGUCAACUCCUACAGCGGCAUCAAGAGAGACUUUGCAACUGUGGCGAAGGAGUGUACAGACUUCCACUUUCCCUGUCUGGAGGCGCAGCUGGACGAGGUGCAGCAGGUGGAGCUCUAUGCCAGAGCCCAGCGGAGCAGCAAGCAGAAAGAACAGCCUGAGAUUCCAAGGAACGGAGGCGACGAUAAGAGCAAAAAUGUGGAAAGAAAUCCGUCUAACAUCUUACCAGGUGAGUUUUACAUCUCGCGGCACUCCAACCUGUCCGAGGUCCACGUUGUCUUCCACCUGUGCGUGGACGACAACGUGCGCUCAGGGAACAUCACGGCCCGGGACCCGGCCAUCAUGGGCUUGAGAAACAUCCUGAAGGUGUGCUGCACGCACGACGUCACCACGGUGACCGUCCCUCUGCUGCUGGUCCACGACAUGUCAGAGGAGAUGACCAUACCGUGGUGUCUUAAGAGAGCCGAGCUGGUGUUCAAAUGUGUCAAAGGCUUUAUGAUGGAAAUGGCCUCGUGGGAUGGAGGAAUAUCGCGCACAGUCCAGUUUCUAGUGCCAAAGAGUAUCUCAGAGGAGAUGUUCUACCAGUUGAGCAACAUGCUGCCUCAGAUCUUCCGCGUCUCCUCCACCCUAACUCUCACCUCAAAGCACUGAAGAAUAGAGGUGCACCACAUCUCAUCCUCAAGGCAUUCUGACUAAACCCAGACCCAUUUAUUUUAACCAUUACACAAACACAUUCUAGUUCUGGCUUUUCUUCUGUAGGAACUGUAGAUUAAAGGAGUUGGGGAUUAGUGGGAAAAGUAGCACAUAGAAUUGGGGUCAACAUGUGGCAUUAAGGCACUUACAGUAGAGGUGCGAAAAAAGAUUUAAAAUGUAAUGUGAAAUUAUAAUUUUAUUUUGCCCCUUUCAGAGCUACACUCGCUGUAAAUAGUUCUUACUGAAAGAUGACUGGAUUCAGUGGCUCACCAAAGCAGCCGCUGCAAUUAUCAUUUCAAGCCUCCAGGGUGCGGUUCUGAUGACUAGAGUUUUAUGACAUCAUGACCUCAGCCGCCAGCGCUGCAAGUAUUCCAGUUUCCCAUUUUAAAGCUGCAGUCUGUAACUUUCCGCAUGUUCGAGCUACAGCAUAGUGGAGAAUGUAGUGCUGCGUUGGUGAGGUAGAUUUAACUCGCUGGUAUGGAGUGAGAAAUGCCAUCGACGGAGCAGAUAAAGCAAAUGUGAAAACCCAGUAUUGUUUACUAAAGUGAUGAAGCUGGAUGGAACCGGCACUGGCAGUUACACAGGUGUGACCUUACUCUUAUUAGCAACCAUGCUAAAUGUGACUUUUUUUGUGUGUGUGUUUUCACCACACAUUACCUAGGGCUGCUCGAUCAUGGCAAAAAUCAUAAUCACAAUCAUUUUUGGUGAAUUUUGAGAUCAUUAUUAUUCAACACGAUUACUCAAUGACUCAAUGUCUUCUCUUGAACUUUAAAUCUAAAUCCUUAACAUAUAUUCAAUCUAUAAAAUAAAGCAAUACAUUAAACUAGAGCUGGGCAAUAUAUCGAUAUUAUAUGAGACUAGAUAUCGUCUUAGAUUUUGGAUAUUGUAAUAUGGCAUAAGUGUUGUCUUUUCCUGGUUUUAAA